CGCAUUGAAAGGAUUAUCGCAGCACCGCAGAGCUGGCCACACUGUUUGCAGCGCUUAAGUAAAGUGAAAUAUGGCGAGUCUUGGGGGCCAACACGGAAAUAUUUCGACUAAUCCAGAAGUGGAAAACACAGCCAAGCGACCCGAAAGUCGCGAGGGCAGCGCCGAGCGAAAAGACCGUGAGGAGAAACUGAAAUAUGCCCGCGAUCGCCAAAAUGAGGAGCGCCACCGGAAGAUCGAGGAGCUGCGCGCCCAGGCGGAGGCCGCCCAGCGGUACCGUGAACAAAAAGAGGAGGAGCGCCGUCGACGCAUCGAGGAGAUCCGUACCCGGGACACAGAGAAGCGACACCAGGUGGAGGAGCGCAAGAAGGCCAUCUUUGAGGCCGAGAAGGAGCGUCGCGAGUACAUCCUCAAAAAGAAUCAGGAACGCGAAUCCCGGAUAGAAUUCAGAAAGCGGGACAAAAACUCCAACGGCUUCGCUUUUGGCUCAUCAACACCCCGCCUGCUGGAUGUGCCCGCGGAUUAUGGUCUGGUGUCGCCCAGUACCUUUUGGGGUCAGCGGAGGUCCACAUCCAUAUCGAACGUAGCGGGCGCCUCGCUCACACGUCGAAGUUCAGAGCGUGAACUUGCCGACAGUGGUGCUAAGAAGCGUGCCUCCUCAUCGACGGACCGACAAGAUGAUCACCGACGCAAGUCUUCCUCCAUGUAUGAGGUGUUCAAUUGGGGCUAUUCCAAUGACGAGCCGCCCAAGCGGUUCUCGCUCUCCAUCGCCGGCAGCGAGAUUAAUAUCGAUGGGCCGGCCAAUCCCAAUCCGCCGCCCACUUCCAAACAAACAGCCAACGCGCACAGACCUACAAAUCUCACAACAACCACAGCAACAAGCACCACAACUGCAGGCCACAACAACUUUAACAACCAUAACUCGUAUCGUAAGGAAGAUAGCGUUGACUCAUCACCCAUGGUGUUCCGAAGCGUUUACCGCAGGAAAACGGACCUCAUGCCGACAAUACCCAGCCCCCGAGACGGGCAUUAUGGUUCGCGAGGCUCCCUGAGCUCCACGCCGGCCAGAACCCCAGGACGGGCCUACUCGAUGAACCGCUUGGACCAGCUGGCGCAGCCGAUACGCCGGAAUGGGGAGCACAUGCGGGCGAUUCUGGAGCGGGAACGCCGCGAGCGGGAGCUGGAGAUGCUGGACGAGACCGCCUCGCUGGGCGGAGGAGGGGGGCGACGCGGUGCGGGGUCCAGUGCCCGAGCCCGGCGGGCGGGAAGCGCCGGAAGCGGCAGCUCCAGUGCCGCCGGCAUUAUGUCCCGCAGCAUGACACACCUGGCCGGAGGAGGUGGCCAGCGGGAACGCGGAAAGUACUCGCUGGGAGGCGGCAUAUCGACCAGCUUCCGGCCGCUGGCCAGCGGAGCCGGAGGGCAGCGGGACUCCACCAGCUCGCGAUCGGGAAAUGCCACGCCCGGUGGACACUUCAAUAGCUCAAGGCCCGGCAGCGCCAUGUCCACAUCGACAAACAUGUCCACAUCCGGGAUGGUGCCCAGGCGACCUGCAACAGCACCCCGGAAACCGAGGCCCGCCAGUAUCGCCGGAACGGGCAUGUCCCUCGAGGAGAUUAACAAACUCAAGAGGGAUCAAAAGCCGCCCGUGAAGACGACAGCCGCCUCGCCAUCCGCACAAACGACACCCAAACGAACUGCAAACCUUAUGUCCACCUCCCUGAUCGUGACCUCCAGCUCAUCGCGGCUGAGCAGCGCCGAAAAGAAGACGCCCUCAAAGCGGGAGCCUCCGGUGCCCAAGGCAGCAUCAGCCUCAAAGGCUCUGCCAAGUCGCACGGCCAGUUCCGAGCGCAUCAGUAGGCUUACCAAGGAACCGAAAACCAAGGAUACCUCUGCAAUGACUAGGUCGAUGAUUGUCACCAGCAGCAGUACCUCCACCAUCACAAAAGCGGCUCCUGCCCCGGCUGCACCCGCUUCGGCUCCAGUUCCCGAGCAGAAUGGUGUGGCCAAGGAGGUUGAGAAGAUUCCUGCAGAUGAGCCAGUUCCUGAGGCUGAAGUUCCUACCGAGGCUCCUGUUGCUGUUCCAUCAGUGAGCAAGGCUGAGAAGGAAGCAUUGAACACGGAGAAAACGGAGGAAGUGGCGCGUCAGGAGGAGGAGCAAACUUUUGUGGAGGAACCUGUACCCGAAGCCUUGGUUACCUCAGUUAAUGUAGAGGAAAAAUCUGAUGAGGGCACUGAAAAGGAGGUGCCUAAGCAGCAGGAGCAGGCUGUGCCCAAGAAACCAUCGCGCAGCAAGGAGAAUUCCGAGGUGCGGGAGCUGACCCCACCAGAGGGAGCUGAUCUAAUGACUGCUUCGAUGAUGGCCAAGAAGAUCACGACCGAGGAGGAGGCCAAGGCCGCUUUGGCCGAGAGACGACGCCUGGCCCGCGAGGAGGCCGAACGACAGGCGGAAUUAGAGCGCCAACGACUGGAGGCUGAACGCCUGGCAGAGAUCAAAGCCCAAGAGGAGGAGGCGGAGCGCCAACGCCUGUUUGAGGAGGAAUCCACUCGCCUGGCCGAGGAACAGCGCCGCGGGGAGGAGGAGCGCCUGCGCAAGGCCAUCGAGGAAGCCCAACAGCGUGAGGAGGAGGAGAAACGCCGGCGCGAGGAGGAGGAGAAACAGCGCGUGGAGCGUGAGGAGGCCGAGAAGAAGGCCAAGGAGGAGGCAGAGAAGCAGCGUGUCGAGGUGGCUGAGCGCCUUAAGCGGGAGGAGAAGGAGCGCGAGGAACGCCGCAAGCGAGUGGAGGCCAUCAUGCUGCGUACCCGCAAGGGAGGCGCUGCCACCACACCCUCAAAGGACGCUAACGACAAAGCAGCUCCUGCCGCACCGGCUCCAGAGAAUAAUAGCAGCAGCAACAGUAGCGUCACCGGGAGCAGCAACAACUCGGCUGAGGGUUCGCCCAGCACAGUAGAUUCCACGCCAGCACCAACGGCAUCGGAAACUGUCCAGGAGCCGCCAAACAGUCAGGCGAUGUAUGAGCAAUCGGUGCUAGACAAGGAGAACUCGCUCAUCAACAGCUUCUCCACGAUGAUCAUCGAUGAGAAUGCCAAGAACCUGCAGCAGGUGAGCAACGGCAAGUUGCUGGUGGACUUUGAGGGCACCAAUACUGUGCCCGCGGUUGCCAAUGGCAAUGGACACAUUGAGAAUGUCAACAACAAGAAUGACAUCAAUCUGCUGCAGGACGUAGUCGCUCCGGUCGCCACCCAGCUGAUAGACCUGAGCAUCGAGUCACAAGAUCUACACCUGAACAAUAACAACAGCUUGCUGACGAGCACAGCGGCAACCACCACGCUAGUCACUGCUGAUAGUCACGAGAAUAAAGAUAUAUCGCUGCUGUGAAUUGGAUGAGGAAACCAAACUGAUUGUUUUCUAAACCUAAAUCUUGAUAUAGCUAAAUGUGUGUGGAGUCGGAGUAUUUAUUUAUAGGAUGAGAUCUAUAUAGGAAUGCGAGUGGAUAGUGCGACAAAUUAUGGUUACUAAAAACAGGAAAACGUAAAAGCUUAUAAAAACCUAUAUAUUUAAACGUACACAUUAUAUAGAUAGAUCUGAAUCAUAAUCAGAACGGGAGUGAUGAUAAGACCGAUCCCGAGCAGCUGCAGAUAAAAAACUAGUUAAGAACUAAGACAAACCCUAAAAGAAAAAGCGUGAGAUAUGGAGGGGAUCCUGCCCAGAGAUCCCCGGGGAUCGUUUGCGAAGCAAUUUAAUAUCAAAGAAAUCUGUUUGUGAAGUACUACAACUAAGCUAAAAAAAAGAACAUUUGAUGCAAUUUUCGAUUCGAAUCGUUGCGUUUCGAUAUAAUAUAAUUACAAACUCGCUUCAAAAGUUGAAAGUGCAUGCUUACAUUGAGUAUAACUUGAGCCAGAGAGCAGGAUAAUCGCCUGGGCCGACGCCGAAGUAGCGUAUAUAAUUGAAAAUUAUAUAAAAUUAGUAGACAAACCCCUAGUAUAAACAACAACGCGAGAUUCUAUGGGGCACCCAGAUCAAAUUGUGUGUGCCGGGCCCCGAGCAAGCAAUAAAAGAAUACGAAGACGCGGUAUCCACAUACCAUUAACCCAUCCACAUAUACAGCGCCUCACUGCUAGGAGGGCAUCCGACCCCCUCUUUAUUUUUGCCCAACUUUGCACAGUUGUUCUGUAAGUUAAGUUUACUACGUUGAGCCAACGAAUCGUGAGGUAUUAUUUAUUAAAACAAAACGAAACAAACGAAAAAAAAUAGAAAAAAGGAAAUAAGGAAAUUCAAUUGAAAUUAUUUGCUGAUACUGUUCGCAGUUCGUCGAGCAGAUAUAUAGGUAGCCAGUAAACAAUGAAACAAUUACACGCGGAUAUAUACACCCACUGUAAUCACAGAUGUCAGUGCUUGAUAUACACAUGCCUAGGUCUAGUGGAGAUGGCAGUUGUACCACGUUGUACUAUUUGUAGUAGGAGUCCCAAAUCUGAUUAUGCUUAUGUCACCCUUUAUUAUAGGAAAGUUCUCUGUAUAUUAUUGCGUCUAUUUUGCGUCUACGUAUAUAUUUUUUGGUAAACGAUUUUUUAUAUAUAUACACAUUUAUAUUUGUAAUUUGUAUUUAUCCAUGUGCAAAAAUAAAUUAUGAUGAUUAUUUUUUAAAGAGUCGUCCCCCUCUAAGCAUGCAUAACAGAGUGUAAAAAUGAAUCGAUUUAUAUAUAAUAUCAUCCCCCAUAGUCUACGAAACUCACACACCCACUUGUAUCUGAGCGAAAGGGCCUUAACAAUUAGUAGGAUGCAUGAUCGAUGUAGAUCGGUUAUUAAACAGAUAUAGCAGGCAGAUUAGGGAGAGUUAAUCUUCGAGCGUUUCGCAUGCGCAAACCGUUAAUAGAAUAAUAUAUUAUAAUGGCAAUAUGUGUAUGCAACUAAUAAGCCCUAACUUCUAGUUAAUUACUGCUUUCCUAUGUUAAACACCUAAUGGCGAUAUAAUCAAAACAAAAGACAAGCCCACAUAAGUCAAAUGUGUAUGCUACCAACAUAACAAACCUUUGAAGAUCAAGCUGAAUUAUGUAUUUCUAAUAUUAAAUAUCACACACCCACAAAGAAAACGAAAAAACCAACACAACAAAUAGAACAACAAAUUAUACAAGCAAUUCCCUUAUUUAUUUAGAACCACACUGAAACACUAAAGAAAUUCGCUUCUUAUCGUAAAUCCACAAUUGCAUAAUUUAUACGAUUAAACAAAAUAUAUAUUUAUGUGAAUAAACUGUAACUAAUUCUCAAGGCAACCA